AAACAUGGUCAGCUAUUUUACCUUUCCCAUUUGGUCAAAACCCUAGAAAAUAUAAAUACUCUCAAUUUGCAACCAACCCCGUCGGAGCUCCGGCGACCCGACACAUCGUUAUCUAUUCAACCCAAACUCAUUCAGGUUUGGCGCGAUGUGGAGAUCGGUGGCAAUGGUGAAAUUGGUGAGGCGUGUGAGUCAAUUUGACCUUGUUAGAGCUCAAACCUUGAGCUACUGUACAAUGGCGCAGGGUAGAAAUCCGAGUUUAAAUAACGGGAGCAGAAUGCCAUCAGAUGAUGAUGGAUCGAAUGGUGUCUCUAUGUCUAAGAAUCUAGGAAAGGAUAUUAAGCACAGAAUAGGGAAGAAUGUUUCUAAAAGGGAUAGGGUCAGCUUUUUAGUGAGCACGCUUCUUGAUCUCCAGGACAGUAAAGAAGCUGUUUACGGGACACUAGAUUCAUGGGCUGCUUGGGAACGGGAGUUCCCUAUUGGACAUUUGAAGCAGGCUCUUAUUGCUCUAGAAAAAGAACAACAGUGGCAUAGAGUCGUUCAAGUGAUUAAAUGGAUGUUGAGUAAGGGUCAGGGGACAACAAUGAAUACAUAUGGGCAGCUGAUUAGAGCAUUGGAUAUGGACCACAGAGUGAAAGAAGCACAUGAGAUUUGGGUAAAGAAAGUUGGUGAUGAUCUGCAUUCAGUUCCAUGGCAGUUAUGUAAGCUUAUGAUAGGUGUAUAUUACCGAAACAACAUGCUGGAUAAAGUUGUGAAGCUUUCCAAAAGUAUGGAAGCUUAUGAUCGUAAGAUUUAUGAGAAGUCUGUUUUGAUGAAAAUUGCGGAUGCAUAUGAGAUGUUGGGCUUAGCUGAAGAGAAGAACCGCAUAUUGGAGAAACACAGUGAUUUGCUUGAUGAGACGUCAAAAAGACAUACCAAGCAAUCUCGAGGGAAACCGUCCAAGAAAAAGUGAGGAUUGGUAGUGCAAAUGGACAUGUCACUGUUUUCUCAACUUAUUCAUCAUAAGCUUCAGAACUAGUUGUAAAAUUAAUCGGCAGCAACAGUCAUGGUUAUUAUUCAGCUGGUAUUUUAGAUUAUGAAUGGUAUCUGUGCAUAAUAUAUUUGGAAGAAAAUAUAGUUUUGGCCUUCUACAGCUGUUGGUGCAAAUGGAAGCAUGUGUUAUUGUUGUCUCAACUGGGGACAGUCAUAUUUAUCAUUUAUCUGGUAAUUUGAUUCCAUGGAUUUUAUUCGGGCACAAUAUAUUUAUAAACAACAUACAGAAGUUGCUGGAGUUAUAGGUGGCGAUUAAUGUCACCAGGCAGGCGUUUGAAGGUCUUCUGAGUCUGAGACCUGAAUAUAACGUAGUUGCCUCUGGUAUUGGAGUUAUUCUUUGAGGACUCACUUGGAAUUUUUUCCUUCCUCAAUAUUUUACAGCUUUAUAAAGUUUGAAUUCAAGUUUGAUUACGAGCUUUA